ACCAUGGCAAAGAAGAGAGUUGCAGUUAUAGGAGCUGGCUCCAGUGGACUUUGUAGCAUCAAAUGUUGUUUGGAUGAAGGCCUGGAACCUGUGUGCUUUGACAGCAGUGAUGAUAUUGGAGGACUCUGGAGGUUCAAAGAGAUUCCUGAGGAAGGCCGAGCUAGCAUUUACAAGUCUGUGAUCAUCAACACCUCCAAGGAAAUGAUGUGCUUCAGUGACUUCCCCAUCCCGAUGACUAUCCCACUACAUGCAAACUCUAAGAUCCUAGACUAUUUCCGGAUGUAUGCUAAGCACUUUGAUCUGAAGUACAUCCGCUUCAAAACUGCUGUGUGCAGUGUAACAAGGUGCCCAGACUUCUCUAGCACUGGCCAGUGGGAAGUUGUCACAGAAACUAAUGGGAAGCAAGAAUCGUCUCUCUUUGAUGCAGUCCUCAUUUGCACUGGCCACCAUACCAAUGCACAUCUGCCACUGGACUCCUUCCCAGGGAUCACAAAGUUCAAAGGUGGCUAUUUUCACAGUCAUGAUUACAAAAGUCCUGAUGAAUUUACAGGAAAAAGAGUAAUUGUGAUUGGCAUCGGGAACUCUGGUGGGGAUCUAGCUGUGGAGAUAAGCCGCAAAGCAAAACAGGUCUUCCUCAGCACUCGGCGAGGGGCAUGGAUUAUCAAUCGUGUUGGUGAUGAUGGCUACCCUGCAGACGUGGUGCUUUCUUCUCGAUAUAAUACCUUACUGAAACAAAUUUUUAGCAUCUCCAUGCAAAAUAAUUGGGUGGAGAAGAAACUGAAUGCCAGAUUCAACCAUUCUCAUUAUGGCUUGAAACCAAAUCACAGGUUUUUCAGUCAGCAUCCAACUAUGAAUGAUGAGCUGCCAAACUCCAUCAUUUCAGGAAGAGUGCUCAUAAAACCAAAUGUCACUGAAUUUACUGAAACCGCAGCCAUUUUUGAAGAUGGCUCUAAGGAAGAAAAUAUAGAUUUUGUUGUCUUUGCAACUGGAUACUCUUUCUCUUUUCCCUUCCUUGGGAACUGUGUGAAAGUCAUUGAGAAUGAUAUCACCCUAUAUAAAUACGUCUUCCCUCCUCAUUUGGAAAAACCUACAUUGGCUAUCAUUGGUCUUGCCCAACCAUUGGGUGCCAUCAUGCCCAUUGCUGAAUUGCAAGCUCGUUGGGCAACACGUGUGUUUAAGGGAGAUGCUACGCUACCAACAGUAAGUGAGAUGAUGUCUGAUAUUACAAUGAAGAAAGCAGAAAUUGCUAAUAGGUAUGAGGAAAGCCUAAUCUGAAUUGUUAAAAUGUAUUCCCACCUUCCACCAUUACUAUCU